CAUAGGAGGCAGUCCGUGGUCCAGACACAAAUCAAAACAAUUCAAAUUUCAUAUCAAUUUAGUGAUUUACAUAAAUGAAAAAAUGUGUGUAAUUGAUAAAUGAUCAAUAAUCCUUUCAUCAAGCUUCCCAAUAUCAGCGCAGCUUCAUUUUUGCAUGUUUGGGUAUGGAGCUUAUGGAUCAAAAAGCCAUUGCAGCAUAUUGUCAGUUACUUAUUAAAUGUCCUAACGACAGAUUUCAAAAGCUUUUUCACCACAUUAUUGAUGUGUUCUGUGGCUGCCAAAAUGUUAUCUAUGAAAAUUAUUCUGAUGUGUGGACCUUGGUUGAAUGGUGGGAUUUAAUAGCUGGUUGUGAAAAGUUUUUAACUGGAAUACAAGGCAUGGAAGAGAAGCUUCCUACUGUUCUUGAACCUUUUUCUCCAGAGAUUCAAAGUAUUAUGAAAGACAGUCUGGAAGUAAGAAGAGCUGAUUUGAAAUCUACGCUAUUAGAAAAAAGUCAUAAAGUGUGUCCUGCUUACCUGGUUCAUUUUGACUGGAAAGUUAAGCUGACUCUUGCAAGUGACAAAAUGGCUCAAAUAAAUGAACCAAGAUUGCUUCUGGAUCUGGAUAUCACAGGAAAUAAAGAGAAAACACUUCAACUAGAUCUCUCAAAAGAAGAAACAAAGAUGUUGAUUGAGUCUAUGGAAAAAGCUAAACUGACUGUUUUGGAUUACUUAACUAAUGAAUGACAGUACUGACAGGAUGAACUAUCAAAAAGAAGAUUUCUAGAGCAUUACUAAACAAAUGUAAAUAAAAACAUUCCUCCAUUUAAAUUAUAAAUAAAUUUUAUUUCUAUUACA